GCCCACGUCUGUCCAAGAAGCUUCUUUUGCACACUGUCAUGCAAAUAUAGGCCUACUGUCUCCAAGCUGGGGCAAACAUGCGACAUUCCGCCAGUCACCUCUGACCUGCAGCAGUCUGUCGAAGCAUUGAGAGAGAGAGAGAGAGAGAGAGAGAGAGAGAUGAGGAGGGAGAGAGAGAGAGAGAGAGAGAGAGAGAGAGAGAGAGAGAGAGAGAGUAGUUAGUAGUGGACUGGGGUUCCCUCAGGUGUUUGGCUCCAGUCAUGGCCGGGAACUCAGAGAAAGUACCGAUCGCCUCGGUGGGACCAGAGGACCUGCAUAACUUCAUGCCCCCGGCGUACUCUGCCAUGGCCGUGAAGCCCGCCGCCACCGGCCGCCUCCUGAAGGCCGGGAUCGCGGUGCUCAUCACCGGGGCCCUCCUCCUGCUGCUGGGGGCAGUCGGAGCUUUCCUCUUCUGGAACAACAAUGAAAAACACGUCUACAAUGUCCAUUACAGCAUGAGCAUCAAUGGCAAAGUGGAGGAGGGUACAAUGGAGAUUGACACAGCGAAUAACAUGGAGAGAUUCAGCACCGGCAGCGGGGCAGAUGAGGCCGUGGAGGUCGAUGACUAUGAUAUAGGGAUCACAGGGAUCCGGUUUUCAGGAGGAGAGAAGUGCUACAUCAAGACCCAAGUGAAGGCUCGUCUUCCUGACGUGGAGGCUCUCAACAAGGACUCGAUGACAUUCGACCUGGAGGAUGAGGUGAUGCCGGCCAAAUAUGAGGAUGAUCUAAUCUGGGUGGCGGCUGAAGCUCCCCUCUCGGACUCUGCCUUCCUCAGCAAGAAGAUAAAGGACUUGUGUGGAGACCUGCCAAUCUUCUGGCUCCGUCCCACCUACUCAACCAGCGGACAGAGGAAGAGGAGGGCUGCCCCCCGCCAGCGCCUCCAGGCAGCCGGGGAGGAGGAAGAGGACGUGGAGGCAGAGUUCAACCCGGAGAACCCCUAUCAGAGAGGCCUCGAGGGCGAGCAGGGCACCAUGAACAUCGACCCCAUGCUGGACCACCAGGGCGUGUGCUGCAACGAGUGCCGUCGCAGCUACACCCACUGCCAGAGGAUCUGUGAGCCUCUGGGAGGGUACCACCCCUGGCCCUACCACUACAGGGGCUGCAGGGUGGUCUGUAGAGUUAUCAUGCCCUGCAACUGGUGGGUGGCACGCAUCAUGGGUCUGGUGUAAACACCCUCAUCUUCUUAGGAGAUGGUAGAGUCAAGGAGGGAAGAAACUAGGGAGGGAUGGGGUUCCAAGGGAGGGGAGAUGAAGGGAAAAUUUUAGGAAAGGAAGAUGGUGGCUUGUUAUUGUAAUCUAUUACCUGUCGGUCUGUGCAGAUUUGUACGAAAUGAACAGCAUCAGUAACUGUUCCCACACAUUACAAAUGCAUGGUGCAGAAUCUAGGGCAGACAUGUUCUCACAUGUAAAAGUACGGAGUGGCUGCACACUGCAAAGCUUGUCUUAUUAAAUUUUUUUUUAGAUUUAGAUCUUUCUGAACUACAGCACAUGCUGUCAAGAGAACAGCGGUUAUGAUAUAAAACAUGCCAGCCAGAAGCAGGUAGGCUUGUAUUUAUAGAUCUGGUAAUCAUUCCUUUUCUUUCAUUCUUUGAUGUAAAUAAAUGUAUAGGGCAGUCAGCUAGCUCAAAUAGCACGUAUUGUUAGUUUUACUUUUCAUCACUCAAAUAUUUUUGACUAUUUUCAUGAGUUGCUCUCAUUAAAACAAUGUACUGUACACACUCUCUCACAAACUUUCAUCUAAAUGUGCUUGCACCUGCAUUGUUGAAGCUAUCUCAAAGUGCAAUAUUACUGAAUAAACUUUUUUAAGUAAACAUUAAA